AUGAACAAGCUUUUCUCCCUCUUGGUUGCACUCUUGCCAAUUCUAACUUAUUCCUUGUCAUCUCCUGCCAUGUUCAAUAGAAUCGCCCGUUCAUCAUUCCAACAAGUAAACCGUCGAUCGACAGCUUUGUUCAUGUCAUCUGAUCGCAAACCUGGAGUCGCCUCCCCUGAGGAGUUGCGUGAUUUCGUCAAGGCCGCUGGAGACAAGUUGUUGGUCGUCGAUGCUCGUAAUGCUGAUGCUUCUGCCGAACCAGGUGACCAAAAGUCCCUAGCUGUCGCUCCUUUGCCUGGAGAUGGUGUUAGACCCAAGGCCGUCAACUUGAUUUGGGAUCGCGAAACCAAUUCCAUGCCCAUGCCAGAUGUUGAUAAGGACACUUAUGUUAUCACUCACUGCGGUGGAGGUGGCCGUGGACAAAAGGCCAAGGACUUUUUAAUUGAGAAGGGAUUCACCAAUGUCCUCAAUGGUGCUGGACCAAAGGAAACUGAUUGCUGGGCUGAAUUCGGAGAACUGUAG